AUGCGGUCAGUGCGGCCGCGUCGGCCGCAUCCCCAUGAGACAUCGUCAUGUAACUAACUUCAAGACAUGGGGAAGAUGAAGUAAUAAAUACUGGACGAAACCUCCCAUAAUCUCGAAUUUAAAUCAUCAUCACUACCAUCAAUCAGAUUAACAACAACACACAAAAGAAUCAUAACCUCCAAGACAACCACGAAGAAGACGUAUAAGUCCGCAGCUACAGAUCACACAAACACCCCCUUCUCUCUCUCAAAAAAGCAACCAUGUCCAUCCUCGCACCCUACGCCGAACAACACAAGAACACCUCCGGUCCCAACGACAGCCGCCCCACGGGAGUCCAAAUUGUUGAAGACCAAGGCCUCGUCGGAAAAUGGACCGAUAAAGUCGUCAUCGUCACCGGCUGCUCCCCCGGCGGCCUCGGCCCCGAAACCGCUAGGGCCUUCCACGUCGCCGGCGCCGACGUCUACAUCACCGUCCGCGACGUUGCCAAGGGCGAGGAGGUCGCCAAGGAUAUUCUCUCGGAUGGCAAGCCCGGCAAGGUCGAGGUCAUCAAGCUGGACCUCGGAUCUCUCCAGAGCGUGAGAGAGGGCGCCAAGGCGUUCUUGGCAAAGUCUGACAAGUUGAAUGUCAUUGUGAACAAUGCCGGAGUCAUGGCUUGUCCCAAGGGAAAGACGGUAGACGGAUUCGAGACCCAAUUCGGCACCAACCACCUCGGCCACUUCCUCCUCUUCCAACUCCUAAAGCCAACCCUCCUCGCCUCCUCAACACCAACCUUCAACUCCCGCGUCAUCUCCGUCUCCUCGUCAGGCCACCGCGGCGGCCGCAUCCAAUUCGAAGACUUCAACUUUGACCACACGGUAGAGUACCACCCCUGGGCGGGCUACGGCCAGGCCAAGCUCGCCAACAUCCUCUUCGCCAACGAGCUCGACCGCCGCUACGGCGCCCGCGGCCUCCACGCCCUCAGCCUCAUGCCCGGCGGCAUCGAGACGCCCCUCCAGCGCCACCAGCCCGAGAUCACCGAGAUGAUCAAGGACCCGGCCGUCCACAAGGUCAUGAAGAGCCCCGCGCAGGGGGCCGCUACCUCCGUCUGGGCUGCCGUCGCCAAGGAGUGGGAGGGCAAGGGCGGCAAGUACCUCGAGGAUUGUGCCGAGGCGGAGGCGAUGAAGCCUGAUGCCGGGAUGCUUGCUCCGGGGUACGCGCCGGCGGCGUUUGAUCCCGAGGCGGAGAAGAGGUUGUGGGUUGAGAGCCUGAAGAUGGUUGGGCUUGAGGACGAUCAGUGAUUCUUGGCCUGGGGAUGGAAAGCGGAAGGAGGUUCUUUGUGAUGAUGAUGACGAUGGU